AUGAGCAUAGAGACGCUCCUGGAGGCGGCCCGCUUCCUGGAAUGGCAAGCGCAGCAACAACAGAGAGCACGUGAGGAGCAGGAGCGACUUCGCUUGGAACGGGAGCAGGAGCAGAAGAAGGCCAGCAGCCUGGCCAGGCUGGCCCAUGCCCUGCCUGUGGAGGAACCCCGCAUCGAGGCACCACCCCUGCCUCUGUCGCCACCAGCACCCCCACCAGCACCCCCACCAGCACUUGCCACCCCCACCCCACUGACUGUCAUUCCUAUUCCAGUAGUGACCAAUUCCCCUCAGCCCCUGCCCCCACCCCCACCACUGCCCCCUGCAGCCCAGCCUCUGCCCCUGGCACCUCGCCAUCCCACCCUGAUUAACACCCCUGGACUCAGCAUUAAGGAUUCUGCUCCCCUGCCCACCAGGCCACAGGUGCCCACCCCUGCACCUCUACUGCCAGACUCCAAGCCCACUGGCAGCCCCAAGCCUUUGCAGCCCCUCCCCACACCCAUCCUGACCAUAGCACCACACCCUGGAGUCCAGCCCCAGCUGGCCCCCCAGCAGCCACCCCCACCCACUCUUGGGACCCUGAAGUUGACACCAACUGAGGAAAAAUCCAGCGAACAGAAGAAGAGGCCUGGGGGGAUCGGAACCAGAGAAGUCCACAACAAAUUGGAGAAGAACAGGAGGGCCCAUCUGAAGGAAUGCUUUGAGACCCUGAAGCGCAAUAUCCCCAACGUGGACGACAAGAAGACCUCGAAUCUGAGCGUGCUGCGGACGGCGCUGCGGUACAUCCAGUCCCUGAAGAGGAAGGAGAAGGAAUAUGAGCAUGAGAUGGAGCGGCUGGCGCGGGAGAAGAUUGCCACGCAGCAGCGGUUAGCAGAGCUCAAACAUGAGCUGAGCCAGUGGAUGGAUGUGCUAGAGAUUGACCGUGUUCUCCGACAGACAGGCCAGCCCGAGGACGACCAGGCUUCCACCUCUACUGCCUCUGAGGGCGAGGACAACAUAGACGAGGAUAUGGAGGAGGACCAGGCCGGCCUGGGCCUACCCAAGCUGAGCCAUCGCCCCCACCCGGAGCUGCCGAAGCCACCGCCCAGCACCGCCCCUGCGUCUCUGCCUCCCCACCCACACCCCCACUCCCAGCCUGUGGCCCUGUCUCCUGCCCAUCAGCAGCCGCCGCCACAGCAGAAGACACCUCUGCCGGCUCCUCCCCCCCCACCAGCUGCCCCUGCCCAGACGCUGGUGCCAACUCCAGCCCAUUUGGUGGCCGCAUCUGGGGGAGGCUCCACGGUCAUCGCCCACACAGCCACCACCCACGCCUCAGUCAUCCAGACUGUGAACCACGUUCUCCAGGGGCCAGGCGGCAAGCACAUCGCCCACAUCGCCCCCUCAGCCCCCAGCCCUGCUGUGCAGCUGGCACCUGCCACACCCCCUAUUGGCCACAUCACAGUGCACCCUGCCACCCUUAACCACGUGGCCCACCUUGGCUCCCAGCUUCCCCUGUACCCACAGCCUGUGGCAGUGAGCCAGCCCGUGGCGGUGAGCCACAUUGCCCACACCCUCUCGCACCAGCAAGUGAACGGCACAGCUGGGCUGGGGCCCCCCACCACCGUCAUGGCAAAGCCAGCCGUGGGGGCUCAGGUGGUGCACCACCCCCAGCUGGUAGGCCAGACAGUGCUCAACCCUGUGACCAUGGUCACCAUGCCCUCCUUCCCGGUCAGCACACUCAAGCUGGCUUGA